UUGAAAAUUCACUUUUCGAUCAAUCGAAAAAUCUAUUUGAAUUUGAUUGAUUUUUUUCGUGAAAAAGGUUACAUAUGAAAACAUGAAAUUUUAUGUCAACUUUUUAAAAAGAUUAUAAAAUGACGAUGUUUCUACGGCCCUGGAUGCGCGCGUACAGCCAAGCGUGCACUCCCGUUAUCGAUCAGUCGCGUGUUAGUCCACCGUGACAUGGAGGAUCUCCUGCUGCAGAUCGUCCGAGAAUCGAGCAAUGCAAAAUUACAAAAUUUGCGGAAAUCAGCGCAGGAAGCGUACGACUUCCUGGACAAACAGCAAGGGUUGUUACGCGAUCCACCCCACGAGCUGCGAGCAAAAUGUCUACACGCCUUUCAGCUAGCAUUAGAGACGAAGAGGAGCAAAUUCGUUGCUUUUGGCCUGUCGGGAUUACACAAAAUGUUAAGGGACGACAGAUUCCAGUCGCCGUACGAGCCAGAAGACGAUUCUCUCUGGCUACCCGCACAAAUGUUGCACGCGAUGAGUUCCAUGUUAUCACAAUCGGACGACACUCAGACGGACAUGCUGAAAGUUCUGUUACAAGUCGCCUGCUCUUCUUAUUGGACAAUGAACGGUCGUUUAAUAAUCGCCAUUCUCACUACCUGCUGCGAGGCUUUCGAAAAUGGGAAUCAAGCUGUGAGGACCGCGGCUCAAGCUGCAACCAGUCAAACGUUGAGAUCGUUUUGCUUGUUCCUAGACGAGGAAUGCCAGGAGAUGGACGAGAACGCGAAGAAGAAUAAAAACUUGUGGGAAAGAGGUGUGUCCUGUUUCAACGAAGCUCUACCAAUACUUCAAUAUAUCUGUAGCAAGUUGGACGAGGCUCAAAAAAAAUCUUAUCCCAGCAACGGAAGGAACGGGAACACGGUUGUGUUCCUGUUGGAGUGUCUUCACACUUUAAUCUCGUCCCUGCCGCAGAAAAUACACACGAACGGACAUUUCACCACCUUUCUAUGGCAAAAGUUUUGCCCCGCGUUGAUAGCUUUCCUGGGCACGCCUAGGGUCGACAAGACCUUCACCUCGAGGGAGGGGAAGGAGAACGAGAUCGGGAGAGGAUCCGGAUACUUGGCAACGUCUUUGAGUUUCGACAGCCACCAGGCCAAGACUGUUUACAGUAUCGGGACGGAGUUGGUCCGAUUGGUAGGAUGCGUGGGCCCCCUUCGCCCUGUCCUAGAAUCAGUGUUCCACAGAAUGCUGCUCUAUCCUCCGCCCCAGCAACGUUUAGAACCUCUGAAAGCUUUGAAGGAACUUUUACGAAGCCCGAGCCGAAUGGUGGACUUUGCCGGCCCCUUGCUCGUUGAGGAGGACAAAUCCAGCCACAUUCAGAGCGACAUGGCUCUGAUGAGAUUAGCGAUGGACUCGAUCGAGGAGUCGACGAAUGGCGGUUUGAGCACGUUGCACGCCAGCGUGUCGUGCGUCGUCGCGAUGCUCUCCGCCCUUCAGGAAUUGUGCGAGGGGAAGGCCAUUAAUCACACCUACACCUGCACGAUCAAUAGUUUGUACGAGGAUCUGGAGUCUUGCGACUAUAAAGGUCCCUUGACCUACCAGAGUAUGGCACGGUUGCCGAAAACCUACAGGGAGCAAUUGGAGCUGAUGAAAAAGGGGAUAGGGUCUGACUCGGAUUCGUCGGGUCACGGCCCGUCCGAGGAUGGCGACUCGACGGAUACGGAGGGCCCUCAGAACGAGUCGGACGAGAUUCAAGAGGAGAACAGUUUGGAGGACAACGACUACGCGAUAGAGAACGAGAGGGAGAGAUUGAGGUUGGAGAAGCUGCCGAAGUGUCUUCACGUGGGCCGUCAGGUGGCCGACGAGUGCAACGUGGACAUGGAAAGGCACAACGCGAGAAAAUUCGUGAGGACGUUGAAGAGCGAUCUCAUACCCAUGGUGCUGUUGCUCAGAAGCAACAUAGAGGUCGACGAGGCCCUUCAGAACUUUGCCUCGGAAUAUUGCCAGGGUGUUUUCACAGCCCAGCAGAAGAUGCAGGAACAGACGGACACAAGCACCGACUCGUGCGCCCUUAUCACGAUAAUGAACGCCGAUGGGAUUUAUCUCGCCACUUACGCGGCUCUGCUGCUCAACCUCAAGUUGAUCAGGAUCAAUUAUUAUCACGAGGAUAAUCGUCAAGUUCCUAUCAGCGAGGAGCAAUUCGUAGAGGAGGUACACGGAUCUGGAGUUUUGGUAUACCUUUCGGCGACCUGGUUGUCCGAGCUGUAUCAACAAGUUUUGGCCUGUAAUCUGCUCGAAAAGUGCGGUUACAACCCGCACUACACGGAGAAUAGCGCCCUGAUAAACGUGUUAACCGAUGUCGAUGGGAUUCCUGGGAGUCAGAGAGGCGGGCAGCUUUUGUCCGACUACAUAAGACUGGAGAAAGCUCAGUUGUCUCGAAGCGAGCCAACGCCGGAGGCGGAAGCGGGGGCCAAGUUGUCGAGAAGAGUAUUGACUUGCUGUUGGGGAAGUAUGAUGACAGUUUUGACGACGGGAUUGAAUCCUCCCAAGGAGCAGAAUAACAAGGGGAUUCUUAGCAGAGACGGUGGUAGACGGGGCGUCAGAGAUACCGUGAUCUUGUCCUUGGAAGGUCUUCACAAGGCCGCGAUUCUCAGCAAUAUACUCGGUUUGCAGAAUCGAUGCGGUUCCAUAUUCGCUUUGCUCGUGAAAGCGGCCUGCACGGAGCAAUCCAUCUCGAAAAUCACCAGAACGAAGGAUGUUCUGCGGUUGAAAUUGCAAAACAGAGCGACCAAUAUUCACACGUCGCACGCGUUGAGCAUGGACGUACUUUUGGGCAAAGGUUUAGAGCUCGGAAGUCACGGUAGCGAUUGCUGGCCUCACGUUUUCACGUGUUGUCUGUACGUGAGCAAAUUGGAACACGACUUCUUCGGGAGAAAUCAAAAUCCAUCGUUGCCCAAGACUCAGCAGAAGAAGGAUAAGAAGGAGAAUUCGAGCGGGGAUCCGAAAGGGAGUCAGGAUAGAUUGAAGCUUAACUUCAACAUAAUCGAGGAAGAGGAGACUUGCGUGGACGUGUACAGUUUCCUAUCCAGUCCGUAUACCCACAAUUCUAGUACGGACACGAUUCCAGAAAUAAUUCAAGAAUCGAACGCGGACGGUCAAUUCAACGGGAUUCUUCCCGCCGACUACGCGGCGAAGAUCAUCUGCGUUUUAUCCCAACAAGUGGACAGAUUGUUCGAGAACGCGGCGUUGAAAUUAAACCUUAAAGCGUUGUGCUUGUUCCUCACCGCUCUGUGCAAGGCCAGCAAAGCCCAGUUGUUCAAGACCACGGACGGAUCCAAAGACAAUAAGAGAUUCUGGUGGAGAAGGAGUAAGCCGAGAGAGAACGAAAUGAACGUGCUUCUUCUGGCUCGAUUAGGGGAAGUGAUGUUGAAGUGUGUGAAGAGUGGAAGGCCUCUGAUCCAUAUAAUGAGGGUUUGGAGUAUCCUGGGCCCGCACUUCAUGGAGGCAGCUUGCCACAAGGAUCGUGGCAUCUCGAAGAAGGCGGUGCAAUGCAUUCACGACUCGAUGGCGGCUUUGUUGAACGAGCAAAUGGAAUUACCCCACUUCCACUUCAACGAGGCACUGUUCAAACCUUUCGAGAACCUAUUGUGCCUGGAACUUUGCGACAGCGACGUUCAAGAUCAAAUCGUCAGCUGCAUCUGCGAGUUCGUGGAGACGAACAGGACCGAGAUACGAUCCGGGUGGCGGCCUCUGUUCGGCGCGCUACGCGUAGCUUCGGUCGGCAAUUCAGAUUCCGUCGAGUCCGCCCCCCUCCUCGAGGUGUUCAGGGUGUUUCUAUCAACGGACAACACGCUCGUGUUCGCGAACGCGGCGCUAGAUUGCAUCCUGUGCCUGUUGAAGCACGUGCGCGGGAUCGGGGACGCGGACGGCCACCAGGACGAGCAGGAACAGAUAGACGCGAUCGAAUCCCGUAGGAUGAGACUGUGCGUGGAGAGUCUCAAGUAUCUUCUCAGCUGUAGCGACAUCCUCGCCUCAAUGUACGGUAUGCCGGCCUGCCCCAUCUUCCACUCGGCACAGAGGAUCCAGGUCUCGACCAUACCGCAAUACGUCGAUCCGACCAUACCGAACUCGGAAUUGAUCAGAUUCGACAAACACGCGGAAACGAUGCAGGAGACGAUACCCGAAAGGCCGCACGACGUCUUGAUGGACAACGUUCACGCGAUCACCACUCUGCAAAGCAUGGACAAGCCCAGCGGUAUACUCAGAGUUUGGUACAUCCUGAUCGAGGGUCUGGCGAGCGCCACCAUGAUCUGCCCUAAGCGUUACCAACCGCACACCUUGGAGACAUUGUUCCAUCUGUUGAGGGACACCCUCAAUGUUCCUGGCCCAACCUUUGGAUUGUACUGCGUCAACCAUCUUCUUCUGCCCAUGGUCCAGAAUUGGUUGAGGAGGACGUCCAAGAUAUUCAGGGGAUGGGACAACUUUGCGCCUAACUUUAAACAGUGCUGCGGCCUCACCACGGAUCUCGUCGUCGAUUACUUGACGCACUUGCAAGGAGCGGACGUGGUUCGAAACGACGCCUAUCUAUCGGCCACUACCCUCAUGUUGAAGCAAUUGUUACUAGUGAUGGCGGAAUGCGUCGUUCAACCCACCGAGAGCAUAGCUCGUCUAGGUUGCGCCUGUAUUAGGCACGUCCUGGUGAGCAGCGGGCCCCUCCUCACCCCGGAACAAUGGGAGGUGUGCGGAGUCGCUUGUUACCGCGCUUGUUCGAAUUCCCUUCAAGAGUUGCACCAGCUGACCAUGGCUUUCUCGCCGAGAUCCGAGUCGUUUUACGGGGACGUUGCACAGGUCAAGGUUGCAGCGAGGCGGGAUGCGACGGUGGAGGAGUCGGAAAGGCUGCGACAACUCGCCGCUCAGGUGUUCCUCAUGGAGGAACAGCGCACCGAAGACAGUUCGAGACGACCCGACGACAGAUCCUACGUUUUCCUUCUCUACCCACCCUCGGUGGGUACCACGCUCAAUCCCGAUCUUUAUAUCGUUAGAGUACAGCUCAGAGCAUUGGUCGUCGGCCUCCUUGUCCAUCAGAUGCUUCUUCAUUGCAUCGCCAGUGUUCUUUUGCAAGGACCUGACUCUUCCUUCCCCAGCUUGUCCAACGUCAUCCCCCCCCAAUCGGCCGCGUCGACAUCGCCGAAAUCAAUCGUGCCCGGUUACCUCCCCUACCUGACCAACCACCACGUGGACAUCUUCCUCUCGGCCCUGGAUCUGUCCUACGCGACCGCGCUCAAGUUCGACUGCCGCCCCGGCUUGAAGUUCUUGGUCCAGAAGGUGGCCAACCUGCCCCAACCGGCGAAUCUCUACCGUCAAGCGGGGGUCGCGUGGACCAUCAAAAUCGUCACCCUGUUCGAGCUGUGCCUGCACGAGAUAGAGGAGGCAAGGGCGAGCUUGGAGACCGUGAAGACGAUCCUCACCGUGGCCUCGAGCCCUUCCGAGGGCAACGAGCAGGGGGAGGGGCCGUCCUUCAAAAAGGACCCCACCCUGCGCAAACUGUCCAAACACCUGAGACAAUUGAGGACCACGUUCCAAGAGCUUUGCGAGAGCUACGUGGAGAUUGUGCUGGACGAGGACGGGAGGCACACCAAGGUGGACAGUUUCUCCGAGAGGAAGAUAUUCUUGCUCGUCGCGCAACCGGACGAUUUUCCAGAGAUCACCGGCAAGGAGCCCAUCUCGACCGACAACCGAGUUCUCCCCACCCCUGCCCCCGUCCAAUUCCUCCCUUCGGACGAAGAUCUCCAAGGAAAGAGCCGAAGGAUCGAGGAGAAGAAUCGAGGCAACGACGACGACGACGACGACGACGAGAAGGAAAAGGAGGAGGACGAGGAGGAGGAGGAGGAGGAAGAGGAGCAAGAGGAGGACAUCGAGAACUACAACCCGAAUCUGGACGACGAGAGCGGGUUGGAGGAGCUUGGGCCGGAAUGCGAGGACGAUCCAAGACCGUUCAGAUUGUCCGAUCUGGCCGUCGAGUAUUCGACCGAUUCCGGUCCCCAAUCCGAGCCCGAAACCGACGACUCGAGGCCCCUCUCCAGAUUAGGCUCGGUGACGGAGAAGGCAGUGGCGUACCCGGACAGAUCCGGGGGAACCUCGAGCGAGGGUUACAUAGACGGGAAGUACGACUCGGCGACACCCGCCUCCCUGCGACUGAUCAACCCUCGGGACAAUCUGUACUACAAGCUCGGUGGACCGGUGUUGAGGAGGGCCGAAUCGGCCGAUUCUUUCGGCGACACGUCCGUGUUGGAAUUGAAGGCGACGAACGGCGGUGGCGUAACGUACGACGAGGUGGACGCUUACGGCAGGUCGAGGUUGGAGAGGAGGAGGAGCGACGCUUGCCUGUUGGCGGGGAAGGGGUCGUUGAGAUUCCUGGAGCCGAUCGGAAGCGGCGAGAUCGAAAGCGAAACGGGGAGGGCGGCCCGUUUCGGGUCGAGGAACGCGACGACGCGGUGCAGAUCGGUGAUGGAGUUGAGGAAGAGCGAGGAGAACGGAUCAACGGUCUCGGGAUCGUCGUCCAACGCAGAUCUCGACCUGUCCCCGAGAAUCCCCCCCUCGAGGAUCGUGCUCGGGGGCAGGGAGGGAGGGGAGGACGACUUGCCCAAGAUCUUCGACAACAUAGACGAGCUGUUGCGCGAUUACGAGAGGAGCAAACGAGGGUUCAGGACGAAUCCGUUUUUGCGAAAGAGCGAGGACGAGGCAUGCCUCGAGAGCGAAGAAACGGCAAAUUGCACGGCGGACGGGUCAUCGUCCACGGCGGCGUUCCACAGGAGGAGCAACGUGUUCAAAGAUAGCGAGGCGCACAGGGGCGCAUGGGCCGAGAUGCUGAGCACCGUGCUGGAUUGGACCCUUGCCUUGUCCGACGAGCAACUGGUCCCGCUGCUUCCCGUUUUCGUGAGCGGGGUCAGAGUGCUCACCCGUUACGCGGUCGACCAGGUUCUGAAGCAACGAUUGUCCACCCUUUUCCAUCGAAUCGCCGUGCUCUACGGAUUGACGAGCAAUUAGGAACAGCUUCGAUACAUCUGGGAACGGAUGUAUUUUCACGACACUUUAUGAAAAGAAAAAAAAAAAAAGAAAAAGAAAAGAAAAAGAAAACUGUUCUCAUAAGUGGUAAUCGAACAGAGAGAGAGAGAGAGAGAGAGAGAGAAAACGUGUGAAAUAUACGCACGUAUAAGAAAUGGAAAGAAGCUCGUACGUGUCGAUUAACUCGUUCGAAUAGAGAAUAAUCGGUUUCGAUACGCACGUAUUUUCUUAGUAGAUAUUUUCCAAAUCUUCACGACGAAGGAAGAAAAUCGAUAGACCGACGAUCCGCGGAAUCGAUCUACGAGAUUAAGAUCGAUGAUCUCGAAACGUUCUUUUCUUUUUCUUUUUCUUUUCUUUCGAGAAGAAUCGUUGAAUGAUUUUAAUCGCAUCUAUCCUACGAAACCAUCGUACUCUUUACCAAAGAAACUAUCCACGAUUGUCGAACAAUUUGAACGAAAAUUGGAGAGAUAUUACGGAGGGAAGAAAUUGCGAAACGCUUUCCUCGUCCUAUUCCAUUCUUUCUCGGGAGGAUUAAAAAGAAAAAAAACGAUGAGUGAGGGAUCUGGUCGAGAUCAGCAAUUUUCAAAUUCAGGAAUCAGGAGUGCACGAGUGCGAGAGAGAGAGGACUCGUUCAACUCGUCGUGGAGAAAAAGGAGCCCACUUCGAAGUUCGAAGCCUCGCCUAUCUCUAGUUUGUCGCGCCCUCAGACCCGUCGACACGGAGAGACAAGGAUUUUAUUUACGAUCCACACUCUGCACGCACGCAUCUUCUCGAUUCUCAUUUUAUGCUCUUCGCGCUUAACUGUAGUUUGCGGUCCAGAGUCGGAUGGGUUUGCUUCCAUCGGUCGGAACAACGCGCGAGUCGCGACCAGCGUUCGAUACGUUCCGCCGCGUAUAAAGAUGCGCAUGCCUCGAGAUUUUCGACCGUAUUUUAUCAUCGUCCUUUUCUUAGUUUCUCUAAUUACGAUUUUUCUCGCCUCGACGACCCAAGGAAGUCCUAAGUCUAAGAACUUAGUGGAAGAGCGAAGCACGACGAAGGGGAAGAAGAGGAAGAAUCAUCUUCCGGAUUUAUCUCGUAUUUUAAAUCGUUCUCUCCGAUUCCCUCGAGGAUCGAGUCGUUAAAGAAUGUUGCACGCAGGAAUGUGUUAAUGCAGAAGGUGAGAAGAAAUUAAUAAAUAGAGACAAGAGUCGAAAGAUUCGUCAAAAUCGGCGAAAUAGAGGAAAUAAUUUGGAUAAGAAAGAGAAAAAGAAAAGGUUCGUUCUUCGACGAAGAGCGAUUUUUGACAAACGAACGAGGGAAAAAAAACGAACACGACGUUAUAUUUUACUGUAAAUAGUACGUACGUCUUGCGCCACGUCCAUUGUCGACGCGAUUAAACGAGGCUAGAUAGACUUUUAUCGUUUGAUUUCUAUCGUUUCCCCUCCCCCCAUGUUUAGCCGACGACUAGCAAGUGAUUUCUUUUUUUCAUUUAGUUUCGUUUUUCGCUUCGAUAAAUAUAUAUAUAUAUAUAUAUAUUACACGUAUAUUUUGUAUAUCGUUUGUAAGUAGAAGGAGACGAAAGGGGAAUAAUGAUUAUCGACUGUUUGUAUAAAAUCGGUCCAAUUUUCAAAUUUCGUCCUAAGAUUCGAUCGGUGUUGUAAGUAAUCGUUGAGCAAAUCGGAUCGUUUAAACGAAAAAAAAAAAAAAAAAAAAAAAAAAAAGAAAGAAAGAAAGAAAGAAAGAAAGAAAAAAAAAAAGUGCGGAGAGUUACCAAUCGAUAAUAAAACGUGCCUACGUAGACCCUUCUCCUGUCUUCUUUCGUUCUUCUUCGUUCUCUUUUCUUUUAUUCUUUUCUUUCAAAGCAACACAAAAAAAAAAAUAAUAAUAAAAGUUAAAAAAAAAAAAAAAAAAAAAAUUCAUCCAUUCAACCGAAAAUAUAAAUCUGUAAACGAAAAUGUAUGGACAGUACACGAUAUAUGGUAAUAAUAAGGUAUUUUUAAUCGAAAUCAGCGUAAACUCGAGCACGAUAGACAAGUAAAAGAGUAUGUAUGAGCGUGAUUUAUUACGUUCGAUUAUUUCGAGUUAAUAAAAUUGUAUUACAAUUGAAA